CAUAAAGAGUGUGUUUCCUCCUCACAGAGUAAAGACAUGGAGCCAGAGCAGAUCCGAGAGGGAUACCUGGUCAAGAAGGGCACUCUGCUAAACACGUGGAAGGUGAUGUGGGUGAUCCUGUCUGAAGAUGGCAUUGAGUUUUACAAGAAGAAAACAGACCAGUCUCCUAAAGGAAUGAUCCCAGUGAAGGGAGCGACGCUGACCAGCCCCUGUCAGGACUAUAGCAAAAGAACGCUUGUGUUUAAGAUCACCACGGAGAAGAAACAGGAUCACUUCUUCCAGGCGUCCCACGUGGAGGAGAGGGAGGCGUGGGUCAAAGACUUGAAGCGGGUGCUGUCCUGUCUGCAGGCGGGCAAAAGGUUCGCCCGCAAGUCCACCCGGAAAUCCAUCCGCCUGCCCGAGACCGUCAACCUCAGUCAACUGUACGCUCUGAUGAAGGAUCAGGAGGAGGGCAUUAAGGAGCUGAAGCUAGAACAGGACAACAAAGUCUACAACCACUGUUUCACCGGUGUGACUGUGGUGGACUGGCUCAUCUCCAAAGACAAGGCGAGGAACCGUGCCGAGGCGUUGAUGCUGGCGACAGGGCUGCUAAAUGAGGGCUUCCUGCAGCCUGCGGGAGACGCGUCAAAAGAGGGGGCCCACAGCACGGAGAGGUCGGUGCUGCUCGACCAAAUGGAGGCGCUAUACUACUUUGCAGACAGUGGGUUCUUUUGUGAGGGUUACUCCAGUGAUGAGGACGUGCUGGUGAAAGAGGAGUUCAGAGGAAACAUCAUCAAACAAGGAUGCCUACUGAAACAGGGCCACAGGAUAAAGAACUGGAAGGUGCGUAAGUUCAUUCUCCGUGACGACCCGGCCUAUCUCCAUUACUAUGAUCCCACAAAGGAAGAAGAUGAACCCCUGGGCUCCAUUCACCUGCGCUCUUGUGUGGUUACAGCGGUGGAUUUCGUUCCCGAUGCUAAGAAGUACGACAUAGAGGGUGACCUAUUUGAAAUCAUAACCUCUGAUGAGACACAGUACUUUCUCCAAGCAGCAACAGGCGAAGAACGCAAAGACUGGAUCAAAGCAAUACAGAGUGUGUCCAAAACUGGCAAAUAAAAUGAUGUGUGAAUUCAAAAUAAAUCAGAUUAUAAAAUAUUAAUGAAUGUAAGGUCGCUCUAGCAAACUGUAAUCACAUAAUGUAUUAAAAAUAUUAGGCUAUUAGUAAAUAUUUUGCAUUUUAUUGUAAUGAAAAUCUAAAGUUGUGCAUUAUUUUUACUGUCUUAAAAAUGUGAAAAAACAAACUAGUUCAUUUCAAACUGUUUGCAAUGGUCCAGAGUUGUUCUUUAUUUAGCUUAUGCAUUCAGAGGAUUGUAAUUAUUCACCGUGCGUUUAUAAAUGUUUUUGACAAUUCUCAGAGACCAGAGCUGGCAUGCUAACGUGUACUUCCUGAUAAUUGGACAACACAAUCCUUUCUAAUUAGACACAGUAGGCUUAUUUUGACCUCAAGAGCUGCUAAUACAAUGUUACAUUACUGGGGUAAGACAUAUUUUGCUUAAAUACAUGGGGGAAAAUCAAGUACAGGGCCUUUAAGUUUCCCUUUGCAAUACUGAAGGCACAUGCAUCCCAGUUCUGCCUGUUAUUUUCAUGUUUAUCCCCAGUCUAGCUCCAUCUCCAGUCUUUUGCGGUCCUUCUUUUUGCAACUUCCCUGUUUUUUCUGCAGCAGUCACUCAUUUCUUAAUCAUCCCAUGGUAGUCUAUAUAUACUCCCUCUGUUCAUUCAGUCUUUGACCAGUCACAAGAGACACUCAAACGCGGUAUUUGAACAAAGCUGUCAUUUGUAAUUUCUGCAUUCUGAAUCUGCAUUAAUCUCUAUUUGAGGGACGUGAGUCUGGAGAUUCCCCACAGUGGAAGAGACUUUAGUUGAUAUUAAUAAAGACAUUUGUUU